AUGUCAGCUGAACAUCAUCAUCAUCAUCAUGAACAUCAUCAGAAUGUUGAAAAACAAGUUUCACCUAUUCCAUUAACAGUUCUCUCUGUACAUCAAAUUAAAGAGGCAACUGAUAAGUUUAUCAAAGAAGGUAGACCAAUUCUAAUUGGUGAUAUUAGUGAAGCUGAUAGAAAGGCCAUCCAACAAAGAUUAGACCAUAUUCAUGCCGUUAGAGAUGACAAUGGUGGUAGUAUUAUCACUGCCAAUGAUUGGGGACAGAUUAUUGGAGCAGUAAUCGGUUAUACACCCUAUGUCGGUCCAUUGAUUAAAGCUGGUUUCAAUAUUAUUUGGGGAAAACUAUUCUCAAAAGACUCUCAAUACAUUACUAAAGAUCAGUUUAAUAAGGAGAUGACCGAAUUAUAUACAAAGGUCGAGAAUAUGGUCAAUGAGAAAUUGGAUCAAAAUGAAAUCAAUAGAUGUAAUGCAAUGUUUGCCGAUUGUCAAAAUAGAGGAAACAAUUUCAAUGAUCUUCUCACCUUGCUAACCCAGAGACAAGCAGCCAAAGCCGGUUUCAUAGUCGACACUAAACAUGAACAUUGGGUUAAACCAGCUGCUCACUUGGCAAAUUUAGCGGAUGACAAUCUUAAAGAGAUGAUCAGAUCAGAGUUUUUAAGCUAUCGUGAUUUCCUCGAAGGUGCAAUCAUCAACUUCUCACAACCAAUGUACGCACAUAUCCUUGGUAAUCUUUUAUCGAUGACCAUGUUCAUCUAUGCCAAUAUGAUGAGAGAUGCUGCACUUCAAGGAAUCGGAUGGGGAUUUCCCUAUGACUAUGUCAAUGGUUCUGGUAAAGUUAAAGGAUUGAAAGCAAUUCUUCAUGAUAAGGUCCAACAAUAUCAUAUGGAUCUGACAAGAUGUAACCUAAGAUACAUGCAAGAGAUCAUUAAACCUGCUAUAACCAUUCACCCAGCUAUAAAUUUACCAGAUAAUGGAUGGACUUUGUCUGGAUCUAUUAAUGAGCUUGAUUUCUUUGAAUACCCACAACCAGUCAAAAGAGUCACAAUCAACAAUGGUGUAUUCGAUUGUUCUGACCCAAAUACAGCAUUCAAAAUAUUCAAAUGUGAUCCGUCUGGUAUUGCUGGAUAUAUUCUAGACAGUCAUUAUGAUACACUAAUCAAUCUAUUUAAAGCAUGGAAACAUAAGUUCUCAGUCGUUAGAAACAGUCCAACAGGAACUUUUGGAAAUUUCGUGAUGUCAUUUGCAAUGUACAAUGGAGAUGGUAUUAAUCUUUACGUUAAUGGUACCAAAUAUGAUGUCAUUGCAACAAAUGAACAUAGGAAAGGAACAAGAUCUUGUUAUUACUACAACGAAUCGAUCGUUCAAUAUGGACAAACCUCCGGUGAUAAAUGGAUCUUUUCUGUUCCAAUUCAACUUUCAGGUACUAGAUUUGAUUUUGAAAUAGAAAGAGGAUACGGUGGACUUAACAGUCUUGAAUUUACAUUCAAUUAUUAA